UAGAUGGUGAUAGAAUCUUUGACAACUUUUUAAGUUAUGCGUCAUGUGAUACAGUCAUGGCGAAGUCAGAAGGAGAAGGGUUAUUUAUUUUUGUGACAGACGCAUUGAAAACAACUGGUUAUGUGAUAUAUUAUGUGGUAAAGUCGCUAUUGUUGUGGGUUUUGCCAACACAGUACAAAAGCAUUGAGGAUGACAUUAUACUGAUAACAGGUGGCGGGCGUGGGUUGGGCAGGCAAAUGGCCCUGGAGUUGUGCAAAUACCGACCCAAACAUGUAAUACUAUGGGGUCGCCAUGUUGACACAUUGUCCAGGACAAGUAAAGAGGUGAUGAGUAGAGGUGUGAAGUGUACAUAUAUGGUCUGUGAUGUGAGUGACAGGAAACAGAUCUAUCAACAGGCUGAGAGAGUGAAAGAGACCAUUGGGGAUGUGAGCAUUCUGGUAAACAACGCAGGCAUUGUGUAUGGCCACCCCAUCCUGGAGAGUAGAGAUGAGGACAUUGAGAAGACAUUCCAGGUCAACACACUAGCACAUUUCUGGACAGUUAAAGCCUUUCUACCUUCCAUGGUAAGAAAUAACCAUGGACACCUUGUUGCCAUGGAUUCCAUGCUUGGCCUGAUGGGAUUGAAUGGGGCAGGUGAUUAUUCCACAUCUAAGUACGCCACGACAGGUAUGGCCGAAGCCUUGCUGUAUGAGCUGAGGCACGAGAUGAAUGCACCAGAUGUGAAAAUCACAAUUGCCUACCCUUACCAAGUGGAUAAUGACAUGUUUGCAGGUUGCAAACCAAGGUUUCCAAAGCUAUUUCCACCUAUUCCAGAACAGUAUGUGGCAGUAAAAACUGUCCAUGCCAUCCUGACCAAUCAAACCCAAGUUGUCAUACCCCGGAUGUUUUACUUCAUGGCAUGGGUUAAAAGCUGGCUUCCUGUGCAGGCCUUGUGGUCGUUAUUCACAUUUCUGGGCGUGGAUCGUGCCAUGGAAACAUUUGAAGGUGGAGCACAGAGAAUGGACAAUCAGCAAAAUGGGUGAUUGUGAAGCACACAGUUAAUCUGUUUUGAUGAGACAUAUAUGGUAUUUCUUUUAUUUUAAUGUGCCAACGUUUGUUUUGUUGUAAAUAUUGUUAAAUUAGGGACUCUAAGGUGUCAGUAAGUCUUCGGCUGAUACUACUUCUAUAGUGGUGAAGAAAUGGCUGAGCUGAUAAAUGUUCUGAUGUCUCGUUGAUGUACUUGCUCUACAUCUUUAUGAUCAGUUGAUCAGUUGCCAGAUCAUCUUAUGCGUUGGGGGAUCCCAAUGGCUUCAGACUAGCUUGCCACUCGCCUGCCAGUAUCUUUCCAGUAGCUUGCCACUGGCCUGCCAGUAUCUUUCCAGUAGCUGGCCACUUGCCUGUCUCUGGAUCAUGCCAGUCUCCAUUACCACUGCUAGACUACUGGAGUAAUGUGGCAUCAUAACUCAGCAGUAGAAAGAUAGUGCUAGAAUCCUGCUAAAAACGGACACAUGUUGAGCACAGUGAAAUUUACUGUUUUGCAACAGGAAAAUCAUGUGUGUGGAUGGUGAAAUUUACUGUUUUGCAACAGGAAAAUCACGUGUGUGGAUGGUGAAAUUUACUGUUUUGCAACAGGAAAAUCACGUGUGUGGAUGGUGAAAUUUACUGUUUUGCAACAGGAAAGUCACGUGUGCUUCAGUCAGUAAAUCUGUACCACUUCUCCAUUCAUUAGUGAGUUAUAAUCAAGAAUUCACUGUGAGAGGUAUUGAAAAGCAGGGAAUAUACUAUGUUAGUUUUGACUACAUAAGAUGGUCUGUUGCCAAGUGAUGGUGAAUUCGCAGUGAGUCUGCAGUCAGGUGGUGAAUCAUUAGCGAGUCAACCAUCAGGUGGUGAAUCAGGCAGUAAGUGAACUGUCAAGUGGUGAAUCAGGUAGUGAGUCAACUGUCAAGUGGUGAAUCAGGUGGUGAGUCAACUCUCAAGUGGGGAAUUAGGGGAUGAAUCAACUUUCAGGUAGUGAAUUAGGUAGUGAGUCUGCUGUCGGAUGUUGAAUCAGGUAGUGAGUCCAUCAGAUGGUGAAUCAGGUAGUGAGUCUAACUGUUUUGGUAAUGUAUCUUUCCGUUAGUAUGGUAUGGACGUUCUUGUUAAGCUUUGGUGUUAAACUGCUGUUGUCAUGCUGAAAUAGAUUACCUGAUCAUGGGACUAUUUUUCAGCAUUUUACUGCUGCAUAUCUUUGUUACAGGUAGACGUGAUAUUGUGUAGGAGAAAUAUGGGAUGGGGAUAAGAUCCUUACCUUUGUCUGUGUUGUGAGGGUGAUAGAUUUUACAUACAUGUUGACUACAUUAUUGCACUGAUAUUUGUAUGUUACGAAAUGAAAUGUACGUGUACAUGUGGUGGUUUCAGAUAUUGUGAUACUAGCACUGUUACAGUGGUCCAGCCUAUGUCAUUGGUCUAUGAAUGGACAGGAGUUGUGAGCGCCAGAUGUGAGCACCUACAUGUACAUACUGUACAAAAGCACUGUUUGCAGAUCCUUAUACUUCUAUAAUUACCAGCAGAGCAAUUUGUCUGUAUAUAUAAUGCAAUAUAUAGUACGUGGUACUGAAAUUGUGUUGCUUAUGAACCAAUAUAUUUUUUAUGAAUGUACACAUAAUAUGGUUAUUGUUAUCUACC